AUGGAGUCUUUAAGGAUGAAGAAAGUAGAAGAACUUAUGAGUUUCAUCAACAAAUGUUGUGAGAAAGGAGAAGCUGUUGACAUAGCUCGUGCUUUCUUCGUUACAUCUCUCAGUAUCAUCUCAAAUGCUUUGUUAUCUAUGGAUUUAGCGACCCAUGAUUCCGAGUCAUCUCACGAGUUCCACAACACGGUGAUUAGCUUGAUGGACGUGAGUGGAAAACCCAACUUCGGAGACUAUUUCCCGUUUCUUAGGUUUCUUGAUCUACAAGGUACCCGUAAAGAAGCAACGCUUUGCACAGAGAGAUUAUUUAAAAUUUUUCAAGAAUUCAUCGAUGCUCGGAUGGCUAAGAGAUCAUCUCAGAGAGAGCGUAAAGAGACUUCGAGCUUCGAUUUGCUAGAUACUCUUCUGGAUCUUGCUCAGGAGGACAAAGCAGAACUCAGUAUAAAUGAAAUCAAACACUUUGUUCAAGAUGUGUUUACUGCUGGUACAGACACAACUUCUAGUACAAUGGAGUGGGCAAUGUCAGAGUUAAUCCGUAACCCGGAAAAGAUGAUCAAGGCUCAGAGUGAGAUACGGCAUGUGAUAGGUGGAAACGGUGUCGUUCGAGAAUCUGAUAUCCAGAGGCUGCCUUACUUACAAGCAAUUGUGAAAGAGACACUUCGUUUGCAUUCUGCAGCUCCUUUGAUCCCUCGAAAAGCAGAAGCCGAUGUCGAAAUCUUCGGUUUCCUCGUUCCUAAAAACGCCUCGGUUUUGGUGAACGUGUGGGCGAUAGGACGAGACUCGAGCGUGUGGGAGAAUCCAAUGAGGUUCGAGCCAGAGAGGUUCUUGUUACGAGAAAUUGAUGUGACAGGCAACGACUUCAAGCUGAUACCUUUUGGAUCGGGACGAAGGAUGUGUCCAGGAUCCUCGAUGGCUCUUAGAACAAUGUCUAUGGUGCUUGCGUCUCUUCUCUAUUCCUUUGACUGGAAGCUUGAAAAUGGUGUCGUCCCACAAAACAUGGACAUGAGCGAUGUCUUCGGUGUUACAUUGCGGAAGGCCAAACCUCUACGUGCCUUGCCUAUCAAGCAGCCUGUGCGAUCGUCAUAA